AGAGUGAAUAGAGUGAGCUUGCUCUGCUUCCGUCAGCAAGGGUAUGCUGAUGGACGUGUGUUUGUUUAUUUUCGGUCCUGCAGGCCACAUGGAGCCAACUAGACGUCUCUGCCAAGCUCUGCUGCACCAGAGCUCAAGGCAGCUUUGUUGCAGGCUCACCUCUCCCUCCCGGUUCACCCUCACUCCCUCUUCUCGCUCCCUGUCCACCACCUCAGCCCCUGGUGAUGGUGGGGAAGGGAGAGCAAGAGUCCUGGGCAUCAGGAGGGAGGAGAGCAAUGUCUGGGAGAGAAGAGCUCCCCUCAGCCCAAACCACGUCCAGAGUCUAAUCAGCAAAGGAGUCAAGGUGUUGAUCCAGCCGUCAUCUCGACGUGGCUAUACCGUGAGAGAGUACCAGAAGGCAGGAGCUGUGGUCACUGACGACCUGUCACAGGCUGACACCAUAGUUGGAGUGAAGCAGCCACCACUGGAGCACCUGAUAGACGACAAGACAUUUGUCAUUUUCUCACACACCAUCAAGGCCCAGCCAGAGAACAUGCCUCUCCUUGACGCCAUCCUCCAGAAGAGGAUUCGUCUGGUGGACUACGAGUGUCUGCUGAACGAGAAGAAGCAGCGACUCGUGGCCUUUGGGCAGUACGCUGGAGUGGCAGGGAUGAUCAACAUCCUCCACGGUCUAGGAGUCAGACUUCUCUGCUCUCGGCCACAACACUCCCUUCAUUGUGAGCUACACAUAGGUUAUGCCCACAACUACUCCAGCAGUAGUUCGGCCAAGGCAGCAGUGGCAACUGUGGGGAAAGAGAUCCAACUGGGAAUGUAUCCAGAGUCCCUUGGUCCCAUGAUAUUCACCUUCACUGGAGCUGGCAAUGUUUCCCAGGGAGCUCAGGAGGUGUUCAAGGAGCUGCCGCAUGAGUACGUCUCACCUCUUGACCUCCAGAAUGUCGUGGAAACUGGAGAUUGCCACAAGGUGUAUGCCACCGUGGUGGACAAGGCUGACCACCUCUACCGACUGGCAGGUGGGGACUAUGACGAUGAGGAGUUCGAGAAAUUCCCUGACAGAUACGACUCAAUAUUUGCCGACAAACCCAAUCUCCUCCCUUCACCCGUCCACAUGGACACCUCAGUACUGAAGCUCCAGGGUGUCCCCGCCCUGCCUCAGAGACUCCUGGCUGUGGCUGACAUAUCAUGUGACCUCCAUGGUUCACUAGAGUUCAUGUCCACGGUGACUACCAUUGACAAUCCUUCACCAUGUACAAUGUACACACCGACUCCACCUCCCACGAGUGAGAUGGCAGUUUCUGAAGAGCCCAUGUGGGUGCAACUAGAGCAGAGAAUUGCUCCACAUCCUAGUUGGAGUGGCUGGUGCAGGAUCUGA